UUAUUUUAUUUAUGUUUUAACCAAAUGGAAUCUAUCCUAAUAAACCCUAGAAAUUAACAAAUACAUUUCCUCAGCCCCUCAUCGCCGUCGUCGCCAUCUUCUUCUUCGAGCACCCUACUCUCCUGCACAGGUCGACCACCGCGCGCUACAGUCACCAGUUCGCCGUUUUUUCACUCACCUGCCCCGGGAUGCCGCCAACGACAAAAGAUAGCUCUUCUUUGGAGAAAGAUAAGACUUUGGACCUCUUUCUGCGUAUUCAAUUGGAUGAAAGAACUGCAAAAAACACCCUUGCUAAUGCAAAAGUCACUUCCAGUCUCAUCACCGUUAUUCACGAGGCUGAUGUAACUGGGGGAUGUGAUCGGACUAUUGGCAAUCUUUUGUACACGGUUUCCACCAAGUACCCAGCCAAUGCCCUUGUUCAUCGCCCGGCAUUUUUAAAAUAUGUUGUUUCAUCAAAGAUUAAAACUCCAGCUCAAUUAGAAGCUGCAUUUUCAUUUCUCACGAAUGUUGGCUCUGAAAGCUUUAAGUUGGAAGAUUUUGAAGAGGCAUGUGGCGUAGGUGUUGAGGUUUCAGCUGAAGAGAUUGAAAGAACAGUAAAUGAGGUGUUUGAAGAGAGUAAGGGUGCCAUUUUGGAGCAACGGUAUCGAACAAACGUGGGUGAUUUGUUUGCACAUGUUCGGAAGAGGCAGCCAUGGGCUGAUCCAAAAAUUGUGAAGAAACUCAUUGAUGCAAAACUAUUUGAAUUACUUGGUGAAAGGACUGCAGCAGAUGAUGAAAAGGUUCCUAAAAAGAAGAAAGAAAAAAAUCCUAAAGCAGAGGAGAAAAACAUUCCUGUUUCUACUCCAGAACAACCAUCCGAAGAAGAUAUUAAUCCAUUUUUGAUCUUUCCUCAACCAGAGGAAAACUUUAAGGUACACACUGAAGUUUUCUUUAGUGAUGGCUCCAUUCUUAGAUGUUGCAAUAUCAAGGAGCUGCUUCAAAAACACUUGAAAGUGACAGGAGGGAAAGUUUUAACUCGCUUUCCUCCUGAACCAAAUGGCUAUUUGCAUAUAGGUCAUGCCAAGGCAAUGUUUAUAGACUUUGGACUGGCUAAAGAAAGAGGUGGAGGAUGCUAUCUAAGGUAUGAUGAUACAAACCCUGAAGCUGAGAAGAAAGAGUAUAUCGAUCAUAUUGAAGAGAUUGUCAAGUGGAUGGGUUGGGAGCCAUUUAAGAUUACAUAUACUAGCGAUUAUUUUCAAGAGCUAUAUGAUUUAGCUGUGGAGCUGAUACGAAGAGGUCAUGCUUAUGUUGAUCAUCAGACCCCUGCUGAGAUAAAGGAGUAUAGGGAAAAGAAGAUGAAUAGUCCUUGGAGAGAUAGACCCAUUGCUGAAUCUUUGAAACUUUUUGAGGAUAUGAGGCGGGGUCUCAUUGAAGAAGGAAAAGCAACACUUCGAAUGAAGCAGGACAUGCAGAGUGAUAAUUUUAAUAUGUAUGACCUUAUUGCAUAUCGAAUCAAGUUUACUCCCCAUCCACAUGCCGGAGACAAGUGGUGUGUCUAUCCAAGUUAUGAUUAUGCUCACUGUAUCGUGGAUUCUCUUGAGAAUGUUACACAUUCGCUCUGUACCCUUGAAUUUGAGACACGACGGGCAUCAUACUACUGGUUGUUGCAUUCACUGGGCAUUUACCAACCGUAUGUCUGGGAAUAUUCACGUUUGAAUGUCAGUAACACUGUCAUGUCAAAGCGCAAGUUAAAUCGAUUAGUGACAGAAAAAUGGGUUGAUGGUUGGGAUGAUCCUCGCCUUAUGACACUAGCUGGCUUACGGCGAAGGGGUGUGACUUCAACCGCAAUAAACACGUUUGUUAGAGGAAUUGGAGUCACGAGAAGUGAUUGUAGCAUGAUACGUGUGGAUCGACUGGAGUAUCAUAUUAGAGAAGAGUUGAACAAAACAUCUCCUAGGAUGAUGGUUGUUUUACAGCCACUAAAGGUUGUUAUUACCAACUUGGAAGCUGGCACUAUAAUGUACCUCGAUGCUAGGAAAUGGCCUGAUGGGCAUGCUGAUGAUGCCUCUGCUUUCUACAAGGUUCCCUUUUCCAAUGUAGUAUAUAUCGAACAUUCUGAUUUUCGGUUGAAAGACUCAAAAGAUUACUAUGGGCUUGCUCCUGGUAAAUCUGUGCUACUCAGAUACGCUUUCCCUAUCAAGUGCACAGAUGUUAUCCUAGCUGAUGAUAAGGAAACGGUUCUUGAAAUUCGGGCUGAGUAUGAUCCUUCUAAGAAGACAAAGCCUAAGGGUGUCCUACACUGGGUUGGACAGCCUUCUCCUGGGGUUGACCCACUCAAUGUGGAAGUUAGAUUGUUUGAAAAAUUGUUCCUUUCCGAGAAUCCUGGUGAACUUGAAGACUGGCUUGCUGAUUUGAAUCCUCAAUCCAAAUUGGUUAUACCCAAUGCAUAUGCUGUAUCAUCGAUUGGAAAUGCAGCCAAUGGUGAUGGAUUUCAGUUUGAAAGGCUUGGGUAUUUUGUGGUUGACAAGGAUUCAACUCCUGAAAAACUCGUCUUUAAUCGGACAGUGACCCUGAGAGACAGCUACAAUAAGGGUGGAAAGUAGGAAAGUAAAAUGGACCGAGCCAAGCUGAAACUACUAAUUGUAUGCCCUCUUUUUUCCUUUUUUACUUCUUUUUUGUGUAUAAGAUAUUCCAAUUUGCGAGCAAAAUUUAAGAAAGCAUUCACAGUGCAGUUUUGAGUCCAUGGAAAGAAAUUUUAUUUUAUUUUUGGAUUUUCGAACUUUUUUAUUUUUAGGGGCUGUUUGGUGUGAAUAGUAAUCUUUUAAGAUUUUCAUAUUUGGUAUAAGUUUUGAUUUUUUUUUAA